UCAGAUAGACAUGAAUGGGGCGGUGGAGGAGAGUGUGCGGGACUUUACCACCACAAAUAAACGCGAUAAGAAUGCGCAAUAUGGAAUAGUUUAAGAUUUAGAGGCCGUUCAACAAGCGUCUUCUGUGGCUGGCGUGGCUUUGGGGUCCCUCGGAAGACAGCGGGACUAGUUUUCUGUGUUUUUAGCUGAAGGAAAAGAGAAGAACCCUCCAGCCGCAGCGUUUUUGCUCCAUAAAGCGAGGAAAGCCAGGAUGCCACGGGACGGCAAGUCCUCGCUGAUCCAGCGGAUAGCUAACAAGGCUAAGGCGACCUUUAAAAACUGCGCGCCCGCGGACAGUAAAGCCUUCGCGGCUCAGCGCUCCGAGCUGUCCGCGCUGCUCAGUGAGCUCAGGGCCGCAGACCUGAGCAUCUCGCCGCCCAAGAGGAGCUCCAGCUCGAGCGCCGGCCCCGGGUCCAGCGCGCCGGUCACCUAUAUGCACAUCUGCGAGACGGACGCUUUCAGCAUGGGCGUUUUCCUUCUGAGGAGGGGCGCCUCCAUCCCUCUGCACGACCACCCGGGCAUGAACGGCAUGCUGAAGGUGCUGUAUGGAAAGGUACGGAUCAGGUGCUUCGAUAAGCUGGAGAGACCUCAGAAUGCCUCUGAGGCUGGGGGAGGAGGGCCUUCCCCACCACAGUCCCUGUCCCCAUCCCAGUCCCAGAUGUCCUCCCAGCAAGCCCCCGUAUGGCUCUCUGUGCUCAGAUCCACCGGCGAGUUCACGGAGCACAGUGGCCCGUGUUUGCUGACCCCUCUGAGGGAGAACCUGCAUCAGAUCGAGGCUGUAGAGGGACCAGCCGCCUUCCUCGACAUCCUGGCACCACCGUAUGACCCGGACGAGGGGAGGGACUGCCACUACUACAGGGUCAUACACGCUGUGGGGGGGGAGGCUGGGCAAAACAGCAAAGAAGAGACCUGGCUGUUGGAAAUCCCCCAGCCAGACGACUUCUGGUGUGGGGGAGAACCUUAUCCGGGGCCUCAGGUGGCCCUAUAGAGGGCAGAACGAAGCCUCGUUUUCGACUGAAUCGGUGUGGCAGUGGAAGCACUUUCUAGUUUAGGCUUAAGCUUAGUCUCUGUCUCGAGUCUGAGCAUUUAUUUCUAAGCACUGGCCUUUCUACAUCAGCCAUGUUUAAAAUAAAAGGACUGGUCUUGGGCCAGCUGUACAUCACGAACGGCAUCUACCCUUCUUCAGGAAAAGCUGAAAGCCCGUCAAGGCCACAUUGUCGCCUGCAGUUUUGGGAACGUUUCCUUCAUAAAUGAUAUUUUACCCUCAAUGGCCUUAUGAAUACUGAAUGUAAUCCUGCUUUGAAGCUGUAUACUCUUGUCCACGUAAACACUACAUAGCCUCUAUUAUUUACUUGUGCAUUAUUUAUUAAAAAAAACCUGUUUGUACAAA